AUGCACCUACAACUUGACGACACAUCCUCGUCGAUGGACAGUGGGGGAAACAGCGAGAAUGACUGGAACGUUUCCUGCAGGCUGGAAGGCUCCUGCUGUCAAUGGCCUGGCUUCCAAGCCGAUUAUAGGCAAUUUCCAGUAGACUGGAGUUAUGUUCAAAACACUUUCUGGUCCGACAUGGAAUCUUCUUCUUAUGCGCCUGUCCAGCAAGAUCAAACUCAUAGUAUGGACUGGUUCCAAUAUGGGUCUGACCUCGAGUCUGAGGUCGAGUUCAUCGCGAGGAAUCCCACUGUCGAACCAUACAGUGUUGCCAAGUCGAUGAUAACUGAAAACACGCCUGUUGGAACACCUAAUGGCGGUUGGAGGAAGACGUCCUGGCCAGACUUUGAGGAGUUCACACGCCUCGUCUGCGGCGACCGCGAGCACUCCAGCCACACCCGCGGCGGCAAUUCAAAUGCACCGUUGCAAGGUGCAGUAGUCGCUUUCGAUAUCUCAAAGGCCUACAGCGUCAUCUGUCCAGCCACCUGUCUGAGAGGUCAUACGUCUGCUGGGUUCCGGAGUGCCAGCGCCGCUUCACCCGUAGCGACAACCUCAAAGCCCAUUAUGCAACGCAUGGUAGACCGGGAGGCCGCAAUCGCUACGUGGCUACUCUAG